AUGCAGUCCUACGAAGUGAAGCUUCCAACAAUCCAACAAAACUCUUGUGUCCAAUGGAACGAUGUCGGUGUAUCAUUCUUCGAAAAGAUGUCGGCCGGUUGGUCACCGCUCUUUCUAUUUAGCUUCCCGCACUCCCAGGCCACGUCUCUACAGAACAAUCGACUCAGUGUUGGCUGGUACCCAGUCCGACAAGCUUCGAAAACAUCGGAUUUUCAAAACCAGUCGGACAAGUCGCAGGGAACGAGAGACGAUGGUUAUCAUGUGGUGCUUGUGACUUUGGACCGCUGGGCUGGACAGAAUCACGGACAAAUUUGGCAAAUCAGUUCUCUAAUAAUCCUCAGGGUCACUUCGGAAAUGUGCUUUUCUUGUUGGGAUGUAAUCGAGUGUUUGCAGAUGAAUAAGUCAGAUGAUACUCCUACACCUCCGCCCCACUGA